AUGCCACCUACAAUCAGAAGAACUAAUAACAAGAAGGAAUCUCCACCGCCGAAGAAGAACAUCGAACCAGCAAAGAAGAAUCUGCGACGCAAUCCGGGUGCUUCUCCUAAUCCGGCGGACCCUUCUCCGGCGGACCCUACUCCGGCUGCUUCUCCUACUCAGUCCGACAGUGAGUCAACACAGUCAGAAGAGGCGGCGGGGUCACAAGUACCUCCAAUGGCGAACACACAAGACCCUCCGGUUACACCUCUUUCCAGAUGGCUGGAGGAGCAAUCAAACCACACAUGUUUUACUUCCAACUGGUCGAGUACGGGAAGCCCUAUAAGCUCUCCUCAAGGCGAGAAUGAGCUCGAGAAUGAUGGCGAGAAUGAUCCUGAGCAGAUGGAAAAGGUUGACACUAAUAAAAAGGCCACAAAGGAGGGUAAGAACGAGCUUGAAGUUAUGGCAGCAAAUGCCGAGAAGGUUAAGAAGGAAGCUACAGAGGAAGUGAAUAAAGAUGUUGAAGAUUCACCGGAGGAUGGAGAGGCCUUGACAAGGCCGAAGAGGUUGGCAAAGCCUAACUAG